AUGCCCAAGAAAGCCGAAGUGAAAAGCUUGAAGCUAUUGAGAAAAGAAGAAUUCCACACAGCUGCCGAGUGCAUAGUGCUGCAGUGCGCCGCGAAGAAAAAGAUGUGUUGGCAGACGGCGCCUAGUGGUUUAAACGGCAAUCUGUGCAAACGUAUAAUUGCUACAAAACAAAAGCACCGCAAAAAAUUGGCUUCUCUUGCAAACGGCCAGCCAACAAAGAAGAAUACGGGGGUACCAAAAACUAUUGAGAAAUUUGUAGUGAAUCUGUCGUCAAUUCAAUUGACGGAAGAUGAGAAUGCCAUGCUAAAUAAAGGGUUGAAUUUUGCCGUGGCCCAAGAAAGUGCCCCAGUUGCCGAGAUAGUGAACAAUAUCGAAAGCGCUAUACAGUUUAGGAAUUUUCCUUCCAAAGCUGCUCUGCGCCACGAUAUUGAGAAUUCUAUUCUCAAAGCCGCAAAAAGGAAAAAGUGUCGCUCAAAACGGGGGAUAGGCAGUCCUGAAAAAGUUAUUGCUCAGCUUAAAAAACAUGAAGUUGUUUUUACGCGGGCGGAUAAAGGUAAUGCCGUAGUAAUUUUGGAUCGACAAGAUUACGACAAUAAGGUUCGGGACAUGAUUUCUACAGGGCCGUACGAAGAAUGCAUGUACAAAAAUGGCAAGCCAAAAGAUCCUCUCAAUUCGUUGAUCGAGGAGGCUAACAACGCAAGGCAAAAAGUAGCCCAUUUAAUGGGUGAACAAAAAUUAGAAAGAAAAUUUCUAGUUCCGAACCCAAAAGUAGCCUCCCUGUAUUGCCUUCCAAAAAUACACAAAAACCCGAUUGCGAUGAGGCCUAUUUCUUCGAAUAUUUGCACUCCAACUGAAAAAAUGGCAGCAUGGCUGGUCGAGGAAAUGAGAAAAUACCCGAUCAAGCACGGAAAAAGUGUCAAAAAUUCGGUGGAGCUAGUUGAAAAAUUGGAAAAUUUCAAAGUGCGUCGAGGUGAGAUUUUGGUUUCAUUUGACGUCUCCGCACUUUUUCCUAGCGUCCCCAUUCCUGACGCCUUACGCAGUCUUCGGAGACAUUUGGAAAAACGCAGAGCACCACCAAAUUGUAUAGAAGCGUACGUGACCAUAGCUGAGGUAUGUAUGAACCAGAAUUAUUUCAUAUUCCGGGGAAGAUUUUUCAAACAAACCUUUGGCCUCAGUAUGGGAAGCAAACUCUCCCCUUUGCUCGCUGAGCUGUUCAUGAGCGAUUUUGAAGGCGAUCUCGAAAAAAGGGAAAAACUUUUCCCCCGAGUUUGGUGGCGCUACGUCGACGAUAUCUUCGCCGCAGUUAAAGAAAGAUAUCUCCCACAAACUCUUGAGCUCUUGAAUAGCCAACACAGCUCGAUCAAAUUCACCGUCGAAAAAGAAGUGGAUGGAAAACUCCCUUUUCUCGACCUGCUCAUCUCCAGAAAAGAUGAUAGCACGGUGAAAUUUGGAAUCUACCGAAAACCGACAUCAACCGAUCGCUACAUAACGGUAGAUUCAAAUCAUUUUGGUGCACAAAAACAAGCUGCGUUUCAUUCAAUGGCACACCGUUUGUUCAACAUACCGAUGGAAAACAGCGAGUUUGAAAGCGAAAAAGAAAGGAUUUUAUUGGCGGCCAAUCUGAACGGUUACGAUGAAGAAUUUGUGUAUAAAAUCCUACGCAAACACGAAAGAAAAAGGUUCCGAAGUAAUGCCACCACUUUCAAACCAGAAAAGGAAGAAUCCCAAAGGGUCAGUUUGCCGUUCCACCCACCACUGACCAAUGGUAUUCGGAAGAUCCUCUCCAACCACGGUUUGAAAGUGGCUUACAAAAGUUCCAACACCCUAAAAGAUUGUUUGGUUUCACUAAAGGAUAAGGUGCCUCCGGAGGAAAGAUCUGGUAUCUACGAGAUACCUUGCGAGGCCUGCCCGGCGGUCUAUAUUGGCCAAACAAGGCGCAAAUUUAAAACAUGGAUAAAGGAGCAUAAAAACGCCGUAGAAAACAACAGAUCCAACGAAUCUAGUGUAGCCGCCCAUGCAUCAGAAUUCAACCAUUCCAUAGAUUGGAAAAAGGUGAAAUUCAAAAAAUGUGUUCGAAAAGCGUCACAUUUAAACGCCUGGGAAUCGAUGUACAUCACGACUUCAGAGAGGCCUUUAAUGAACGAGGAUGACGCGCCUAUCAUUUCGCCGCUUUUCAACCUGGCAAACAAAAAUUUAUAA